CUACUGCAGCAGAAUUUAAAUCCCCCUUCUCCUCUUUUUAAAAUCGUAGGCUUGCCCCUGUCAGUCUGUGCGUGUUAUCCUUGUUCCGAGUCCAGCUACUGCAUGCCUGUCUAGAAACUUGUGACAAACACCUGUAUGAGAAAAGGAAUUCUGAGUGCGCCGUCUUUACGGUAAGGCCUGCUUGUUGAUCCCGCCCCCCUUUGAUAGAAAACUCGGUGAUGUCGCUUCGUCUUUAACGAGCUUGACCCAGAACCCAGGGAAGGAGGGGAAAAAGAGGGGAGAAAACACCAAAUAAACGGAAUAGUCUGGAAGGGGUCGGGACAGGCGUUCAACGAGCAAGUCGAUUCCUCCCUGUUUCUGGGCUCGGUGGUUCGGUGGCCUUCUUCCCAUGAGCAACUAGAGCUCAACCUCUGACCUUGGCGUGAUCUUUGACAUCUACUACCAAACAACGCCCACAGGGGAAGUGUGUAUGGAGCAGCGUGAGAGCGCAGCCGCUCUGCUGGAGUCUGUCAGGGAGCAGGAGGUGCAGUUUGAACAGCUGACCAGGGCACUGGAGGAGGAGAGGAGGAGAGUCGGCCUCCCUGCCACCAGCCCCUCUGCCCUGGGUCACCUCCUCCCUCACACACAGAACGGGCGUUUAGGGGAUGCAGACAUAGAACGACUGAAACUGACUGAUUCAUACAUAAACGGCACACAGUACAGGAUGGUGGACCCAGCACACGGCGCUCUAGAUGAGAGCUACACACCAGAGGACGACUCCCAGGAGGUGCACUCGGUAUUUUCUGACGAGGGACCCACACGGCGGCUGGACAAUGGCAUGAAGAAACCGAUCUCGCGCACAGUCCUGCCCUCUGACUCGAUGUCCAUUGACGGGGGCUUGUCGGUGUCCGGUAUGGGCGGCUACAGCGUCACACUGGACCGUCCUUACAGGCAGCCUGGACCAGCAGACUACCCCACCACCACAGUGCCCAGAAACUACCACUAUGCCCCUGCAGGGGGUUAUGAUGACUACCGGGGCGGCCCACCGUCGGAGGCUUACACUAGCCUGAGCAGGGGCUCGCACAUGGACGAGCGCUACAGGCCAGUUGACGGCUACCGGACCCUGGACUCUGGCUACCGCGCCCCCAGCCGUCAGCAGCUUGACCCGUAUGCAGCACAGCCCCAGGUGAGCCGGGGGAUGAGGGCCUUAGGCUCAGCGCUGGAGGUGCGGUACGGCCAAGGCCCCGGCCACUACGGUCUGGAGGAUGACCAGCGCAGUGUGGGAUAUGACGACUAUGGCAUGGGUCCUCCACCAAUGCACCCUGGAGGCUACGGCACCAUGCCACGCUUAGGGGCCGGCCCCGGGGGCAUGGACAGACGGAGACUCAGGAGCUGUGAGGACACUUUGGAUGGUGACGUUGGAGGAGGCGACCCUUAUGCCUGGGGCGUUCCGAUGACGAUGGAGAGGGGGAGCAUGGCGUCACUGGACAGCACACUGAGGAAGGCUCCUCCCGGUUCAUGGAGACAGCCAGAGCUGCCAGAGGUCAUUGCCAUGUUGAACUACCGCCUGGACCCGGUCAAGACCAACGCCGCUGCAUUCCUCCAACAUCUCACAUUCAAAAAUGAUAAGGUAAAGUCGGACGUGCGUCGCCUGAAGGGCAUCCCGUCCUUGGUGUCGAUGCUGGACCAUCCCAGCAAGGACGUGCACCACUCGGCCUGCGGAGCACUAAAGAACAUUUCAUACGGGCGAGACCACGACAACAAGAUCGCCAUCAAGAACUGCGAUGGAGUGCCCGGACUGACCAGGUUACUGAGAAAAACCCGCGACCAGGACCUCACUGACACCAUCACAGGCACCUUGUGGAACCUCUCAUCCCACGACUCGGUCAAGAUGGAGAUCGUGGACCACGCCCUGCACGCCCUCUCUGACGAGGUGGUCGUUCCUCACUCCGGCUGGGAGCAAGCGAGCAACGGAGGAGAGGAGAGCUGCAAACCACGCCAUCUGGAGUGGGAGACCGCCUUGACCAACACUGCUGGCUGCCUUAGGAAUGUGAGUUCAGAACGCAGCGAGGCCAGGCGAAAGCUGAGGGAAUGCACGGGAUUGGUGGAUUCUCUCAUGUACAUUGUCCAAUCACAGAUCAACCGCAAAAAUGUGGACAAUAAGUUGGUGGAGAACUGCGUCUGCCUCCUGAGGAACCUGUCCUAUCACGUUCACCGCGAAGUCCCCGGCUACGAGCGCUUCGCCGAGACCACGCCCGUCAACCAGGGGCCGGUCCCCGCUACCAAGGGCGGCUGCUUUGGCUCUCGAAAGGGAAAAGAUGAGUGGUUUUCAAAAGCAAAGAAGGACAGCGAUGAUGGAAGUGGAGAUCAGGUCGACAUUCCAAAGAGGACAACACCCGCCAAAGGUUACGAGCUGUUGUUCCAACCAGAGGUGGUUCGUGUUUACACAUCGCUGCUCCGAGAGAGCAAGAACCCCUCGGUGCUCGAGGCCGCUGCCGGAGCCAUCCAGAACCUGUGUGCUGGCCGAUGGACUUAUGGGCGGUAUAUCAGGGCCACUGUGCGCCUGGAGAAGGGUCUUCCCAUGAUGGCAGAGCUACUGGCUCACGGCAACGACCGCGUGGUUCGAGCAAUGUCCGGAGCCUUGAGGAACCUGUCCAUCGACAGACGCAACUGCCAACUGCUCGGUUUGCAUGCAGUGCCUCACCUUGUGGCCAACCUGCCCGGAGGCCAGAGUCAGUCUGGGCGCGCUCUGUCAGAGGAGACGGUGGUGUCUGUACUGAGCACGCUCACCGAGGUGCUAGGCAACAGUGUGGAGGCAGCAAAGACCCUCCGAGCCUCUCAGGGCAUCGAGAGGCUGGUGCUCAUCAACAAGGACGGCAAGCGCUCGGAGCGUGAGGUGCGUGGGGCCGGCCAGGUGCUGCAGCUCGUCUGGGCCCACAAAGAGCUGCGCAAGCCUCUCGAGAAGGAUGGCUGGAAGAAGACGGACUUCAUGUUGAACCUCGGCACCGCCAACGGCCCGAGCACCCGAGCCAACGGCACCUACGAGGACAGCACCACGCCGCUGCUGGACAGAGGGGAGAAGAGGGACAUGAUUCCACUAAAUGACCUUGGCCCUGAGGCCUACUCGACACUGGACCAGAGGGAGAGGAGACACACUCUGGAUGACACCACAGACACUUUACCGCGAGGGGUGUAUGGGGGCAGGAAGGGCUCCUUGCCCCUGUUGGACUCCUACGAUGGUUAGCCCCUCCCCCUCCCCUCUACCCCCUCUGCAUGUAACAGCAUGAAAAACUGAUCGUGUGCAUCACCCAGACCGGGCCGUCGCUGCCCUACCACUGCUACUGAGGAGAGAAGAUCCAGAUGCACAGACUCUCUCCCUCCCUCCCCCCUCCUCUCCUCCUCUCUUUCUCUCUCUAUCACCACACCGAUAGGAUUAGAAGAUGAGAGUUGGCAUCCAAAGAAAGUGGCCGUGUUGCAGGCAAACCAUUUCAUGCAACACACACGCGUACACACACACACACACACACACACACACACUUACUUUUUACGAAUUCAUUCAAUUGUAGCAACAGAAAUGUAUUCCAUUUUUAAAUUAUAACUCUCCUCCAAAGGCAAUCACCUUUGUUGACAAUCAUUUGAUUCCGGUGUUGUCACCCUGCUUGUUUUUAUUUUUUCUUGCUCUUGUCAACAUUUCGGUAAAUCUCGUCACGCCAACACCCGCAUCCCGCUGAUGAAUUUGUACGUAGACGUCCAUGUAGGGUAUAUACUGUAUAUAAAAAGAAAACGGGAUGACUGCAUUAGUUUUGGCUCAUUUAUUUAAAUCGUCCCUUUACUGGGGUCGUUGGGAGGUUUGCCCUUUUUACAUUGAGAAUGUUUAUAUCGGAGUUAUUUUCCUGUCUAGAGUUAUUUUGUCUCGGUUGGGAUGAGCACAGGUGUAGACAAGAAAAGGGCGUGUGUGUGUGUGUGUGUGUGUGUGUGUGUGUGUGUGGAAAAUGAAUAUGGACCUUGGAGUGAGUGUGUUUGUGUGCACGGACCAGACCCAUAAGACCACACGUUACUUAUUUCAUCCGCUCAUGUUGUCUGUUUUCAUGGUGUACUCCUGUGAUGAAGUUUUUGUUUUAUCUACCAACUGCCUCUUUUUGUAUUUUAAACCUUAAUUUUCCCCCCAAGUGAAAGAAAAAUUACAACUUGAGUUUUGACUUUUAGCCAACGAGACCAGUACAACGCAUCAAACUUGGCACUGAAAUGUGAAGCUGGGAACAUUCUACACUACUAAACCAAUACAACAUGUUGGUGUUCUGCUUUAGAAUUACUCUACUGUGAAAGGUUCACACUAUAGAAACGACCUACUCGGCGGUUUAUUCUUCGUUAAAGUAGCAAACACAGGAGGGUCUUUCUGGAAUAAUCAUCUCCUCUUUAAAUCCUUUGAAAUAAUCACUACUUGCUGUUUUAGUUUUUUUUACAAUAUAAUAGUUGAUAUUGGCAUUCCUGAUGUGUCGUUUUAAAGAAAGUGGCUAAAUAUGGGAGACGUCUUCACUCGGAGACUCAACAGACCGAUUGGGCAGAGAUACUGACGUUUAAUUUAAUUUGGGAGGUGGACGAAAAGCACAUUUUUGUCUGUGAUCCAUUUCUUUUUAUCAUUUCUUUCAUAUUUUUUCCACUUUCGUCAGGUUUGUGUGUGUGUAUGGGAGAGGUGGGAGAGCGCAUUAUGCAAUUUGUUCAACUUGUUAAUUACAGUUUUAGUUAGUUUUUAAGGCAAAAGAGACCAAUCAUCUUUGUUUUUUUUUACUCUCCACACAUAGUAUAUUUGUAAUGUUGCCUAUCCAUGUCAAAUUAUGAUGUACGAUUCAUACCUGCCUUGGCUCUGAGAAGUUGCUUUUUCAGUAAAGUCUGUAACUGGUAAAACUGUUUUUAUAAAUAAAGAUCUUUUCUUAGACAA